GGAUAAGCAUCAGGGUUUCCGGGUUACGGACCAGAUUUGUCAAAUAGCUCGUGCAUGGCAUGGUUGACAGGGUAGCUAACGUUGCAGUCAGAGAUCCGGGGUGGACAGUUUUUACCGGCCUGUAACACAAGUUUAACCCGCAGGUUGAAGAGUAACUCCGUCUGUACUGACUGUUUGAGUCGGUGUUGUGUUUCUCCGGGAGCAGAUUUUCACCUUUGUCAUUGCUCGAUUAGCUGACGAGUUAACGCCGCUCUUUGAAAAUGGCGGAUGUUCCACCAGAGAAGAGUCUGGACGAUUUCUUUGCCAAGCGGGAUAAAAAGAAGAAGAAAGAGAAAGGAAAGGGCAAAGAGACCUCCGGCGGGGGACCUGCGUCUGCUGCGGUGAAGAAGACCAAGAGAGAGAAGGAAAAAUCGGCGAAAAACGAGAAUCAGGACGCCCAGAUUGAAAAGGUGACGGUUUUGGUAUAAAAAGUGGAACUUUUUUAUCGGCCUAGAUCGAGUCAAAAUCAUGUCAAAAUCUGCUUCUUAUUAAAAUAUGACAUUCAUUGGCACGCUGUCAGCUUUUAUAGUUCAGAUUGGACAAACUUUAAUAGGGACUCUGAGCAGAUUUGGUGUGAAGUAUGAAAAUGCCGGUUGGUCGCAAACGUAGCAUAUGGUUCACAUUUAUACGAGAUAUAUACUUAUAUAUAUUGAACAUAUCCUUUCUGGACAGCCCCAAGCUUUUCUCCUAUGUCGUAUUUGUUGUUAAUAGUGUGAUUGUAAGCGUAUGUCUUCAUAGGAAAGCUGUCACUCACGUUUGUGAAUCGUGGCUGUCCAGCUAGGCCGGGCCGCCAUUUGUUCCAUCUAGUUACUGGGCUGACCGCCUUAAAGGCUGAAAUAUACACUGUUUUAAUUCCCUGUGAAUACAUGCUUAAUACUGUCCAAAAAAGCUGACACUUGGACUACUUUAUCCCCCACAUCGUUUAAAGGCAAAAGGAGUUAUUAACGUGAUUGUAUGUGCUGUGUUUGUUGCUUUAAUUCUGCCAAGGAGGAUGAAGAAUGGAAAGAGUUUGAGCAAAAAGAAGUGGACUACAGCGGGCUUCGGCUCCAAGCUUUACAGAUAAGGUAAAAAAGAAAUAUGUCUUUGUGUGUUUCCAUCAUGUAGUUCCCAUACACCUGGCUGCUGGAUUAGCAUCUCUAUGAAUUAAAAUCCCUCUUACUCAGACACAUCAGUUCCAGUUACCUUUUGAUCAUCAGUCUGCUUCACUACACACAAUCCAGCAAUACUUAAAACACAUAUUGAACAGCAAUAGUAAAGAUUAACUGACACCUGACAGAUAGAUUCCGGCAGCACCCCUAUACUCGACAGGGGUGCUGCCUUAGCCCUUCUCUGUUUGCCAUCUAAAUUGAACCCUUAGCCCAAAAAUCAGACAAAGCCAGGAUUUAAAAGGUAUAAAUAUAGCAGAUGAGUUUCAUUUGAUAGGACUUUUUGCUGAUGAUAUUAUUAUAUUUUUACAAGACCCAGACCUAACAUUAUCUAAUCUUAUUUCUACUCUGGAAACAUAUGGCUAUAUGUCAGGUUAUAAACUCGAUAUCACAAAAACACAUGUUCUCCUGAUAAAUUAUUCCCCCAAUAACAUGGUCAAACAGAAAUACAAUAUUAACUGGGAGUUAAAAUCCAUAAAGUACCUGGGAGUGUUGAUCACCCACAACUUAAGUAAAACAUAUGAGUCAAACUAAAAAUGUAAAACAUUAAAAAUGGUUAAGAAAUAAUUGUCUCGAAUCAUGCUAUACUGAAGAAUAAAGUUUAAAAACACUUAUUGUUUAUUCUAAAUAACUUUGAUAACCUCUCUUGUUGGCAGGGAUGGAGUGGGUACUAAAAUACUUAAGUACAAUAACUUAAACUGCAAUUUUCUGAGAUGGUAAAACUAUAAAUCCGUAAAGAUUCUCAAGUCAAAGUAAUAUGUACAAAAUGUUCUCAGCACUUCUAACACGUUGGAAAAAGACAUUUUUUCAUUUUUUUCAGACAUUCAAAAGCAUAUUAUUUUCCAAUGUGUAGUUUUAACAUGACUUAUAACAAGCCAAAAAUAACAACUUUAUUUACUGCAGUAAGAAACAAUAGCUGAUGAUGCUGCAAGUAAGAUUUUUAUGAGUAGUUUCUUUAAACCAGAUGUAGUAGUUAUUGCAAGGAACUUGUCAAGAAGAAUUUGCCUUCAGAAUCUUGAAACUAGAUCUUUAUUUGAAUGUGUGAAUUCACAGUAGCCUAUAUUACUUAUAAUGAGAUAUUUUGUGCAUACAUCAUCCAAGAAAUAAAAUUGAGUGAUUUACUGCACUCACAGGAAAACACUUGAGUAAUAAUGUACAAUUUAUUGAAGACAAAUACAAGGAAGCAAUAAAGCUACCCAGCUUGUACAUAGAAUUCAUCAAUAAUACAAAUGGAGAACAAUAAAUUUGAUAUAAAAACUCAUUUAAGAGAUAAAAUCCUUUAUGAACAGUGGUAUUAGUCUGAAAACAGUAAACAGAUCAAUCCAAGAAAAGAAUAGAAUGGAUCAAUCUCAGUGAAAAGUAUAAACAUCUGCAAAGACAGAAUGAACUAAUGGAGCAUACAGUAAUCUGAUUUCAGAUGGACUGAACAGUUUUGUAGUUUUAUAACCAGACAAAACGAAAAGUGUUAAAGAGAAGCUUCAUUAACUAGUCUUCAUACAACUUUAAUAUCAUACAUUGUGCAUUUUUUUUUAAUUUGUCAUCAUUCAGAAUUUACAUACUUGUUUAAAUGACUUUAAAUCUUUUUGCAGUGAUGAGAAAGAGGAAGAGGAGUACGAGAAGGAGGAGGUUGGUGAAGAUGGUGAGAUCAUUCUGGUCAGUGGAGACAAAGUGUCUGGUCCCUGGAACAAGUCUGGUGCUGCUCCAGCUCCAGCUGCACCUGUGGGUGAGUAAAACUGCUGCUCCAGUCCAUGGGUAUCUAUGAAAAUGGAAAAAAAUAUUUGAAAUUGUAAACCCCUAACUAUAUCAAAAUUUAUCAAAUCUGUCACCAUUUUAAUUUUCCAGAGGAAGUUGAGGUGCCUGAGUCGAAGCCUGCUGGUGUAUACCGCCCUCCAGGGGCUCGGCUGACCACCACCAAACGCACACACAACCAGGGACCCCCUGAGAUCUACAGCGACACACAAUUCCCCUCUCUACUGGCCACCGCCAAGCACGUGGAGACACGCAAGUAAGCAGAGAGAAGAAUUUUAAAAUUUUUAGACGUUUUUUUUAAAGGUUUUUAUUAAACUAAGUUGACGCAUGUCUUUGUUUCAGGGACAGAGAAAUGGAGAAGACCUUCGAGGUGGUGAAACACAGGAACCGUGGCAGAGAGGAGACCGGUGGCGCUUCUAUGCAGCAGCUGCAGCUUGACAACCAGUACGCCAUCCUGGGGGAUAAGUAGAGCCUCUCCCCUCCGUCCCCCCGGCCCCUUCAGCACGGUGCAGCCCAGCCCUGGAAGGAAGCUGAAUCCAGCUGCGUUGGCUGCAGUCCUGCCACCAUCAUCACUCUGGUUACUCACAUACACGCAUCCACAUUUGAAUAAUCACAUACAGCAACUCCACUGCAGCACACACACACACAGACACAGACACAACCCCUUUAAUAAAUCAGCAACACUCUGUCCAUGCAUUUGGUUGGCAAAACUGAAGGACUGCAUCUGAAGGGGCUGAUGACAGAGGGAAUAUUGAAAAGGAAUUAGCAACAAACACCCAAAACUGCAGCAACAACAAAAGGCAACAUAGUUGUCCUUUGUGGAUUGUACUCGGAGCAGCAGUUGUAUGGCGCAACUUCUUCAGACUUAAACCUGCUUCGAUAAAGCCACAGAGGAUUGAAGAUAACUUUAGGCAAGAUGAUUUUACAAACUUCUGUGAAAAUAUCUAUUUUUUUGCAAGAUCGUUAUAACCCAAUCGCACAUGGUAUAUUGGGGUGGUUUUUUGAGUUGCGGUUGGGGCUUUGGAUAGUGGGAGUACUACCUCAGCGGUAUAGCUGGUGGUGAUAGUAUGGACUGAGCUUGUUUUUUUUGUGGAGGUGGUGAAAGGGGCGAACACCAACCCCGCUGCCCACACACACACACACACACACACACACACACAUCAAAGCUGGCCAUCCGGCUCUUUGAGUUAGAAACUUGAAGCUUUGUUUCUUUUCCUUCAUAUUGAUGACACUCUGCAAAGAUCUACGGACGAGAAGUGACAGGUUGUGGUCCUCGAUUAGAAUUUCUACAUAAAGUGGCCUUACUGAUAGAAAGAAACUGCUUCGUCAUCCGAGGAGAACUUUGCUUGUUGUCUUACAGGACGCCGCCUCUGGAUCUCACCACUCUGUGACGAAAUCCCAGAUACGCGUAUUCACACACACACAAAAAAUCCUUUCUUGUUCAGCAUUGUAGUGCCGUUGAAGUUUGCCAGAUGAUUAUGAUUACUAACUUUUUUCAUAUCCAUUGCUUGAUUUUGCUGCCCUUACUUUAUUUUGGUCUUCCUGUUUUCUGACAUCAAAAAAAGGAGAAAUUAAAACACGUGUGUGAUCUCAAAGUACUCUUUUAGAAACAAAAACUUCACUGUGGUUCGACACCAGAUGAUCACAGAUGUUACAUUGUCAAGAAAAUAAUGGGAAACCACUUUAGAUGCGUAUUUGUUGAGAUUGUUUGGCUACAUUGAGUUCACAUCCUAGUUUUAACCAUCUUUUAUUGAGGUUUUUUCCUCCAAGUGAACAUGCUGUCAGACCUGUGCAGAACAGGUCAGGAGAAACAGGGACUAGUCUGUUUAAACAAAUCGAGUCCACCUAAAAAUAAGUGGGACGCCCAGUUAAAGUGUGUUUUUACCAAAAGCAAAGUUGGUUCAGAAAGCUGAAGAUAACUGGAUUUAUGUUCUGUGUCCUUUCCAUCAGAGAUGUCAGGAGGAGUCGAUUCCCACUGGGACAAUUUUGGUGGACGUAGAUAAUCUUGUAAUAAAAACAGAAGAGCCUAACAUAAAAAAAUAAAGUGAUCCUUGUGAAUGAAGUCUUGUCUGAAUCUGUAGAUGUGGAAAAUUGACCUGCCUUCCCUCUCAUAAUCACUCGCGUAAUUCCCGAUGUGUGUCAUGUUGUCAGACAGGUGUUGACUUUGACGAACUGGUUGAAUUUGUGGAAGUGACAGAUCUUUUUGAAAAGAAAAAAAACCUUGUACGAAGCAAAUUGAUGAAUUAAAAAGAAGUUUCUCACACAACAGACUUGAAAUGUUUAUUUGAAGGAGGCAGUAACACCAGCAGAUUAUUGAAAUGUCAUCCCUGUCAACAUGUUGGUAUCUGUUCAGUCCUUCUGUCUGUCUGCUGUCAUUUUUGCACCCCCUGGAAAAAAAAGGAAGACCAACAUUUAAGAUAUACAGCUUACAAUAAAAAUAAAACAUUUGAAAUUAUUGUUAUACGCUCUUUUGCCUCCUUUUCUGUAUCAGAUCUGUGUUUUAAGGUGUGUAUUGUAGAUGAUUAGCUUCCUACCUCACUCACAGGUCCAUCGGUUGGUUCAGGACCAAAGCCCUGUGCGUUUUCAAGAGGAGUCCAAGAAUUGUAAACCUGAAAUCAUUCAUCAUUACUGCAUAAUCAAUGUGAGUUUCCUAGGUUGCCUUUUCAAAGUAGAAUGGGAUAUUUAACUGUGUACUAAAUGAAAACUGUUUCUAUUGGGUUUAAUCAACAACACAUACAAAAAACAAUAUCCUGCUUCUAUAUGACUAAUCCACUAUCCACUCUAUUCCUCUUCAAGUUGUUGUGCUUACCAAUAUCUGUGGUUUGACCUCUGUUGGUUUCUUCUCAGUUGGGGCUGUGCUUCCCUUUGGUAACUAAAAUAAAAAUACAUAGCACUUAAAUAACGCCAAAAUAAAUGAAUGAAUAGAACUUAAAUAAAUAAACAAAUAGCAUUCUCAUAACCACAAGAUUUAGUGUCUGUAAAACCGUCCUGCCUUUCAGUUUACGCUGCCUCUGCAGGGUUAUUGACCUGAGGUUUUUCAUCACAGUAAAGCAAUAGCCCCAAAAAAAUCAAAAACUGAGGAUGACAAUCAUAACACGCAGUCUUACCGAGGAAGCAAGGACGAGCCCCACCAAACACAGCACAGUGAGUCCUCUCAUCUUCAACAUUAAAU